UCAUUUCGUUUUUAUUCUCUUGCCUUAUUCGUCAACAUUACCGGCUUGCAAUUACUUCUUUCUUCUUUUUUCGCCAAUUUUUUUUCAUGUGACAUGUUGUAUUUUAUGACCUUUGCUUUCCAGGUACUUAGAUAAAUAAAUCAAAUUUCAUGCCAUAGUAAAUUGUCACUAUCAUCCAAAAAAAAGUCGAUUGAUGGGGUCCGAAGGGCCGGCGGCAGUUACCAUCCAUGUGACUGGUUUUAAGAAAUUUCAUGGAGUUUCAGAGAAUCCAACUGAAACAAUUGUUAGUAAUUUAAAGGAGUACACAGAAAAGAAAGGGUUGCCAAAAGGUGUAAUUCUCGGCAGCUGUAGUGUUCUCGAGACUGCAGGACAGGGAGCACUCACUCAACUAUACCAGACAUUGCGAUCUGCCUUAAGCGGGAAGGAUUCUAGAUCUCCUUGUUCUGGGAGAAUUGUUUGGCUACAUUUUGGAGUCAAUAGUGGUGCAAGUAGAUUUGCUAUUGAGCGUCAAGCUGCAAACGAAGCUACUUUCCGUUGCCCUGAUGAGAUGGGAUGGAAACCUCAGAAAGUACCAAUAGUUCCUGCAGAUGGUGGAAUUUCACGUGUACGAGAGACUUCUCUUCCUGUUGAGGAGAUUACAAAGGCCUUAGCAAAGAAGGGAUUUGACGUGAUGACCUCUGAUGACGCAGGGCGGUUUGUGUGCAAUUAUGUUUACUAUCACUCCCUUCGGUUCGCUGAGCAGAGUGGAGUCAAAUCUCUCUUUGUGCACGUCCCUCUCUUCUUGACCAUAGACGAGGAUACCCAAAUGAAAUUCGCUGCUUCCUUGUUGGAGGUACUUGCUUCUCUUUGUCAGUAACAUCCUGCAUCCACUCGUCUUUAUGUCCAGGAAUUGAUACAGUUGUGUGGUUGUAUGUAAGGGUGGAUAGAAGGAUGCAUGUUUAUUGAAAGGCUUUUAAUAAAAGGAUAAGUGUAUGAGAAUGAAUAAAAAACGUGUUUCAGCACAUACACCACGCCAUAUGUAUUUCUUUCGUUUCUUUCGUUCCUCUAAAUACUUUAUCUGGUGCUUGGUAAUUUCUCAUAAUCCUUAUGUUAAUAUGUCAAUAAAUUCCUGUUUGCUUCUAUUACCAGAAA